UAGCGAGUCUAGUCAGGUGUGUGACUGUGUGUAGUAAAGAAUUAAAGGACUUUGAAACAAAUAAAUUGGAACUCUUAAGGACUAAAUUAGUACUUUCCAAAGUAUAAGGUGGACUAAAUUGAAGCAAAGAGAAACACCCAAGUGUCUUCUCAGUUCUCUAUCUCUUCCCGCCCUAAAAUUCCAGAGGUUGUUAUGUUUGCCUAAUAAAUUUUCAAUUUUUUCAGUUCGCUGUGGUUAGCUUCUCUCUCUCAAACUGUCCUUUCUUCUUUUUCUUGAUUGAAUUAUUUCCAAUAGGUUGGUUUCCAAGUUCUUUUAUCUGAAGUCUCAUAAUUCGAUCGAAACAAUUGACAAUACCCAAUUUUAGCUUUCUGGGUAUUAUCAAUUUCUGUACUUUUACCUGUAAUUGUUUUCUUUCUAGUUCUUAAAACUGAAAAUUCUGCUUCUUUACUCAUUUUUCUGGUAAAAGUCAAUCAUCUGCUGAAUAAUUGGAUGGAUUUAAAAGUUUGCUAUUUUUGGAGUUCUUUUUGCUACUUCAAUCGUAACAAAACAUGCUUUAAUUCUUUAUUAGGUAUGUGUGGCUUUUGUUUUUUUUUGUUACUUUCUUCUUGUUUUAAUGUUCUUGUAGUUGCUAAAAAGUAAAAGUUGAAUACAAAAUGUGGCGUAAAACCAACGUCGUAGCUAACCUUUUGCAAACUUGCAUAGACAAGAAAUCUAUCCUACCAGGCAAAGUCCUUCAUGCUUAUAUUCUCCGCAGUAACCUUUUAGCCGAUACUUUCCUGUGUAACCGUCUCAUAGAACUCUAUUCCAUAUGCAACGACCCAACGUCAGCUCACCACAUGUUCGACCAAACCCCUCAAAAAAACAUUUAUUCCUGGAACGCCAUUUUAAGUUCCUAUUGUAAAGCUGGAAACUUAACAUUUGCACGUAAAGUGUUCGAACAAAUGCCUGAAAGAAACGUCGCUUCAUGGAAUAACUUGAUUAGUUUAAUGUUAAAAAAUGGGUACCAGGAAAAAGCAUUGGAUGUUUAUAAACUUAUGGUUUUGGAAGGUUUUUGGCCUACCCAUGUUACUUUUGCUAGUGUUUUAAGUGCCUGUGGAAGUGUUUUAAAUUUGGAGCUUGGGAAGAGAUGUCAUGGUCUUGUUAUUAAGAUUGGUCUUGAUAAGAAUAUCUUUGUCUGUAACGGCUUGUUGUCUGUUUAUGCUAAAUGUGGGGUUGUGAAGGAAGCUAUUAAAGUUUUUGGGGACAUUGAUGAUCCUAAUGAGGUUACUUUUACAACAAUGAUGGGUGGAUUAGGAAAGAUUAAUGGGGUUUUUGAGGCUCUGGAAAUGUUUAGAAUGAUGUGUCGAAAAGGGGUGCAGAUUGAUUCUGUUUCAUUGUCGGCUGUUUUGAGUGCUUGUGCAAAGGUGGGGGAGUAUGGCGAAUUUGGUUGUUAUGAAGAGAAUUAUAGAUUUUUGUGUAAUGUAGUACUAGGGGAACAAGUACAUGGUCUUGUGGUUAAGCUUGGAUUUGAAUGUGAUCUUUAUUUGAGUAACUCAUUGCUUGACAUGUAUGCAAAGAAUGGGAAUAUGAAGAGUGCUGAGACAAUUUUUAGUAAUUUGGGUAAAGUCAGUGUUGUUUCCUGGAAUAUUAUGAUAGCUGGAUAUGGUCAGAAAGGACAAAAAGAGAAAGCUGUAGAGUGUUUGCAAAGAAUGCGGUGUUGUGGUUUUGAACCUGAUGAGGUUACUUAUAUUAAUAUGCUUGCGGCAUGCAGCAAGCGUGGGGAUGUUGAAACUGCACGUCAGAUGUUUGAUAGCUUGUCGUGCCCAAGUGUGAUUUCAUGGAAUGCUAUAAUCUCUGGCUAUUCCCAGAAUGAGAACCACAAAGAAGCGAUAGAGUUUUUUAGGGAAAUGCAGUUUCAAAAUGUGAAACCUGACCGGACUACUGUGGCUGUUAUCCUUGGCUCAUGUGCUGGAAUGGAAUUUUUGGAGGGUGGAAAACAGGUCCAUGCUGCCUCACAAAAGGCUGCUCUUCAUAUGGAUAAUUAUGUUGCUAGUGGACUGAUUAGCAUGUACUCAAAGUGUGGGAAGAUAAAAAUGGCAGAGUGUAUAUUUUCUUAUGUGCCAGAAUUGGAUAUCGUCUGUUGGAAUUCUAUGAUUGCAGGUCUUACACUCAAUUCUCUAGACAAAGAAGCUUUCAUGCUCUUUAAGCAAAUGCAACAGGGUGGAAUGUUGCCUACUGAAUUCUCUUAUACAGCAAUACUAAGCUGUUGUGCAAAAUUGUGUUCUUCAUUUCAAGGGAGGCAGGUCCACUCUCAGAUAGUAAAAGAUGGCUAUAUGAAUUAUGUCGUUGUGGGGACUGCCCUUGUUGAUAUGUAUUGUAAAUGUGGUGACAUAGAUGGGGCACGAAAGUAUUUUGAUAGGAUGCCUGUCAGAAAUACUGUUACAUGGAAUGAGAUGAUACAUGGUUAUGCUCAGAAUGGACGUGGAGAUGAGGCUGUUCGUUUAUACAAAAACAUGAUUGCAUCAGGUGAGAAACCUGAUGGCAUAACCUUUAUUGCUGUUUUGACUGCUUGUAGCCACUCAGGAUUGGUAGAUCUGGGGGUCAGAAUAUUCAAUUCAAUGCAGAGUGACUAUGGGCUUGAGCCAGAAUUGGAUCAUUAUACUUGCAUCAUUGACUGUCUUGGCCGAGCUGGUCAUUUUCAUGAUGCAGAGCUCCUUAUGGACAAGAUGCCAUAUAAAAAUGAUCCAAUCAUAUGGGAAGUUCUGCUUAGUUCUUGCAGAGUUCAUGCUAAUGUCAGCUUAGCUCAACGAGCAGCAGAGGAACUCUUCCACCUGAAACCUGAGAGCUCUUCCCCUUACGUGCUUUUAGCUAAUAUCUAUUCUUCUCUAGGAAGAUGGGAUGAUGUCAGGGCUGUUAGAGAGCUGAUGAGUGAUAGACAGAUUGUUAAGGAUCCUGGUUAUAGUUGGACUGAAGAUAAAGAGCAAGAUAUAAGUCUAUCUGUUGGGUGAUACAUACUACUACAUUACGUUAAAGAUCAGUCAUUUCUGUUUUACAGGCUAUACUGAAGAUGGUAACUAAAAUCACUCAUGAGAAGGCCAAGAGAAUGACACAAGAGGUAGAGUCAGCAAAAUAAUUUCUGUUUGGUUAAUGUAGAUGCUGGUGCAGACAAGUGGGAACCUGUAUGAUGAUGGUAAACAAAAUCAAUCAUGAGGUUAAGAGAUGUGGCGUUUUUUACAGUUGAAAAGGAAAGAGGAAGCUUGAUCCUGAUUGUUAUUUGGCUGUUGUGGAACAUCUGAAAGUUGAUCCAGCAAGCUGUAUAUUCAUUGAUGACAGACGUGGUUAACGUAUUAGCAUGCAAAAACUAAUACUGAGGAAACCAUCCCACAAAUGUCUUAGAACUCAUUGCACUGGCUUGGCAUGCAUGAUUGUCUAUCGCUCACAGAGGCGCACACAUACACACAUUACUUUCUAAGGACAGGUGCACUCUUCUUCACUUACUAACAUGUGGUUAGUAAGCUUCUCAGGAUCAAAAACGUCAGAGGCUGCUGUAGGAGUUGGCAUUGCUGGUCUUCAUUUCAAGAACCCAGAUUUACUACUUCAAGAUCUUGUCCAGUUGGGGGUUGACAUUUCUAUAGCUGGACAUGUAAGUGAGUCUCAGCUUAAGCCUGCAGAAGGACAGACAUAGUGAUAUCUAAACUUACACACAUUAAACUAUUAUCUUAGUGUUAUUGUCUUUUUGGCCUUGUGCCUUUGUUAAAAUUGCUCCUUUAUGGUUAUUUAUUAUAGAUAUCAUUCUUUGUAUUGAGUAUCCA